AUGGGUUUACUCUCAAUCCUGUGCAAAUUGAAGAGUGCACCAGACCAGGAGGUGAGAAUUCUUCUCCUGGGCUUGGAUAAUGCUGGCAAAACUACAUUCCUGAAGCAGCUUGUAUCUGAAGACAUCAGUCAUAUUACACCAACACAGGACUUUAACAUCAAAAGUGUACAGUCACAAGGUGUUAAACUGAAUGUAUGGGACAUUGGUGGACAGAGGAAAAUCAGGCCAUACUGGAGGAAUUAUUUUGAAAAUACUGAUGUACUUAUAUAUGUUAUUGACAGUGCAGACAGAAAACAAUUUGAACAAAUGGGUCAGGAACUAGCUGAAUUACUGGAUGAAGAAAAGCUAAGUGGUGUCCCCGUGCUCAUCUUUGCUAACAAGCAGUAUUUGCUCAUUGCAGCCCCUGCCUCAGAGAUUGCAGAAGGACUGAACACGAUCCGAAACAGGGCAGAUCCAGUCUUGCUCAACCCUAACAGCAGAAGGAGUACAUGA